UCCUAAUAUUUGAAUUUUCCCUUGAAAGCACAAAUUUUACCAUUGGCAACACAUGCUAUUAGUUGUUUUCCUCGAAAUGACAGGCUCACGUCAUUUGUAUCUUAGAAAAACGUCUGCCAGAUACCCAAAUCUGAAUAAUAAUAUUUCAUUCAUUGUUUAUUCAAGUAAGAAUUGUAUUCCCUGGGAACGAAAUGGCUAGCUCAAUUCUCAGUCAGAUUUAGGGUAGAAUGUUUCAGCAACAGCACCCCAGAAAUGGCCUGGCCUUCUUAGAGCAUCGAGUCAGUGGCAUAUGAUGUCACGUGUCUUCUUAUUGGAUAUAACUUCAUUCACUUCACUAUGAUUUUGCCUGCCGAGUGUCUCUAGGUCAAUCGCAGGCCACUCUGCUGAGCAUCUUCUCCCAGGAGUACCAGAAACAUAUUAAAAGAACACAUGCCAAACAUCAUACUCCAGAAGCGAUUGAAAGUUAUUACCAGAGGUACCUGGAUGGUGUGGGGAAAAACGGAGCAGCCCCCGUGCUCUUGGAGCUAGCCAAUGAGGUGGACUAUGCACCCUCAUUAAUGGCUCGGAUUAUACUGGAGAGAUUUCUACAGGGGCAUGAACAGACUCCACCCUCCAAGUCUGUUAUAAACAGUAUGCUACGGGACCCUUCUCAGAUUCCUGAUGGAGUUCUAGCAAACCAGGUCUAUCAGUGCAUCGUGAAUGACUGCUGUUAUGGACCGCUGGUGGACUGCAUCAAGCAUGCUAUUGGCUAUGAGCAUGAGGUCCUGCUGAGAGACUUGCUUCUGAAGAAAAACCUGUCCUUCCUAGAUGAAGAUCAGCUCCGUGCAAAGGGCUAUGACAAAACCCCAGACUUCAUUUUACAGGUGCCAGUUGCUGUGGAAGGGCACAUAAUUCACUGGAUUGAAAGCAAAGCCUCAUUUGGUGAUGAAUGUAGCCACCACGCCUACCUGCAUGGCCAGUUCUGGAGCUACUGGAAUAGGUUUGGACCAGGCUUGGUCAUCUAUUGGUAUGGAUUUAUCCAGGAACUGGACUGCAACCGGGAAAGGGGCAUCCUGCUCAAAGCCUCUUUCCCAACAGACAUCGUCACCUUAUGCCAUAGCACAGCUUGACCCCAAAGAUCCUGGAAGAGAAGCCGGAAGCAAUGUUACUUUCCUGCAGUAUAAACUGCUGGCAACAUCUGCCCUGAACUUCAGCUGAACCCUUGCUGCUGCCGUCGCAGCCCUACCUCUCUAGACAAACAUAUCAAGAGUUUCUGUUUUCCUUCAUCCCUGGGUGAUGUGAAUAGCCAAGAACUACAGACACAACCCACUCAUUAUCAGCAUUUCUGUCUCUGACAAACAGUUAGUUUAUAGAUAGUCAUAAUCUUGCUUCCUUCCGAAUGCUUUCUCCUUGUAUACUGAACAGAAGAGAAAGUAUGGAAACUGAAAGGUGUGAGUUUUCAGUUCUCCUCCCUGUGAUCAAAUAUUUUUUCUUCUAAAACUCCAUUCAUAUUCUCUGUGUGUGUGUCUAUGUGUGUGUGUCUCUCUCUGUGUCAACUCUGUCUCUCUGUGUCUAUGC